AUGGUUCGCAAGUUAAAGCAUCAUGAAUCGAAACUUCUUCGGAAGGUCGACUUUACCACCUACAAAGGCGACAAUAAUCACAGAGAUGCAGCUGUUAUAAGGCGAUAUGCGAUCCAAAAGCCUGGGGACUACCAGAAGUAUAAUCGGCUGUGUGGCUCCCUCAAACAACUAGCUCACCGACUCGCCGCCCUCCCCCCCGACUCCGCCUUCCGCCUCAAACAAGAAACGCUCCUCCUCGAAAAGCUCAACGACAUCGGCAUUCUCCCCUCCAUCGCCACCAAUGCCAAACUUUCCGAAGUAGAAAAGAACGUGACGGUAUCUGCGUUCUGUCGACGCAGAUUACCAGUUGUAAUGACGCGGUUACGGAUGGCUGAGACGGUGCAGGCUGCGACGAAGAUCAUAGAGCAGGGACAUGUGAGGGUGGGCACGGAGACAAUUACUGAUACGGCGUUUUUGGUGACGCGGAGUAUGGAGGAUUUCGUGACGUGGGUGGAUGGGAGUAAGAUUAAGAGGAAUAUUCUUAGGUAUAGGGAGAAGUUGGAUGAUUUUGAUUUGUUAUAA